GGAAGCUUGGUGCUUUAAAACCGGGGUGACCGCGGUCUUCCUCUGACACGGUUUUGUUUCUUUCAUUCCUCCCUCUCGUCUGUCGCCAAGAUGAGUUUCGAGAACAAAACCAACACUCUCAAUGAGAAGUACGCCACCGACGAUGUCCCGGACCAUGAGCCGGGCUCGUUCGCCGCUCAUGCACGUGGUCGACAGUUCAGUGUCGACCCAGAGGAUCGUGCUCUGGUGGAAGGAGACCAGUACGUGCUUCAUCGCGAGCUGAAGGGUCGACAUAUGCAAAUGAUUGCCAUUGGUGGUGCAAUUGGUGCAGGUCUAUUCGUUAGUUCUGGUGGUGCUUUCCAGACCGGUGGACCUGCUUCUGUGCUCCUUGGUUUUAUAAUCAUUGGUCUCAUGGUCUAUCUCAUGAUGCAAGCUCUCGCGGAGAUGUCCGUUAUGUAUCCGGUCAAUGGUGCUUUCACGAUGUACAUCUGUCGCUUCGUUGAUCCAUCCUUUGGGUUUGCCUGCGCCUGGGAGUACGCCAUCAGUUGGUUGACUGUCCUUCCCUUCGAAAUUUCCGCUGCCUGCAACAUCAUUCACUAUUGGCAUGGAUCGGACGGCAUCAACAAUGCCGCGUGGAUCGUCCCGCUGCUCGUCGCCUUGAUGGUUAUUCAGAUUUUCGGUGUGAGGGGAUAUGGCGAGGUCGAAUUUGGCCUCAGUAUUCUCAAGAUUAUUGCCUGCAUAGGCUUCAUGAUCCUCGGAAUAAUAAUUGACUGCGGCGGCGUUCCGUCAGACGACAGAGGCUACAUUGGGGCCAGAUACUGGCAUUCCCCUUGGUCGGCGUUCCUCAACGGCUUUCACGGCUUCUGCAGUGUCUUCGUCACCGCGGCGUUCGCCUACACUGGAACUGAGCUGACCGGACUGGCUGCUGCGGAGACGGCCAACCCGAAGAAGGAGAUUCCCCGGGCCUCAAAGCAGGUCGUAUGGCGUAUCGGCAUCUUCUACAUUGUCAACCUCUUCCUCGUUGGUUUGAUCGUACCGGCAGACAGCCCCUUGUAUAGUGGCGAAGGCUCCGAAUCGCGUCACUCACCUUUUGUCAUCGCAAUUCAGCUUGCUGGCAUCAAGGUCCUCCCAUCAAUCUUCAAUGCGGUCAUCUUGAUCUCUGUCAUGAGCGUUGCCAAUUCCUGCACUUUUGGCUCGACUCGAACAAUUCAGGCUCUCGCUGCAAAUGGUAUGGGUCCCAAGAUACUGGCCUACGUUGACAAGAAAGGCCGUCCCAUGUCCGUGGUGGUCCUCCAGCUUCUAUUCGGCUGUCUGGCAUUUAUCAACUUGGCGAGUAAUGGAGGAACGAUCUUCAACUGGCUCCUGUCGUUGUCAGGUCUCUCUAUUCUCUUCAUCUACAGCGGUAUCGCUCUGGCCCACAUUCGCUUCCGCGCAGCUUGGGCUCACAACGGUCAUUCCUUGGACGAGCUCCCCUUCAGGGCUGCUUUCGGCGUCUGGGGCUCGUGGGUGUGCCUGCUCAUCAACGUUGUCAGCCUCAUGGCUCAGUUUUACGUCGCACUCUAUCCAGUCGGGGGCCCUUACUUGGAUGCCAAUACCUUUUUCCAACUUUACCUCGCUGGUCCCCUGCUCAUCUUCCUCUACCUGUGCUGGAAGAUCUACAGCUGGUUUGUUCGGCCAUCAGACCGCCCGUUGUUCAUCAGAACCAAAGAUAUUGAUAUCUAUACGGGCAUGAGAGAGAGCCAGCGAGCCGUUAGUGGUGCAGAUGUCCCCGAGGAUCAGAGGCGCGCUAGCAUAAUGGAGAUGCAGGAGGAAAACAAGAAGAGAGGUGCCAAAGAUUAUGUCAUGGCAGCCAUCAGAAACCUCAUCUAAACUAUCAAAAUUCAGUAUUGAUCAUCUUGUUCGAGAUGGCGAUCAGUAGCAGCAAUGCAUCGGUGCAAGCGGUGGAGGUUUGAGGCUGUGUUGAUCUGCAGUUGUGAUAGUGUGGUCAAACGCACGGCGAAUUACGAACUGAGCAAUUCAGACCGUGUACCUGGGAAAUAUCUCUGGCCACUUCAGAAGCUAAAAUACCCUUAGACUUUCCCUGCAUAUGUUUCAAAAUACUUGGAUUGCGUAUAGGAAACGGCCUGGUCAAGUAUGAAGUCCGUUACUCUGGAUCUGCUACCUUUAAGAUUGCCUUUCCCACUGCUCUGUUGCUCUCAAGCAUAUCGACAAAGGCCUGUGCAGCGUUUUCAAUCCCUUCGGUGAUGUGUUCUAUGCUUCGAAUCUUGCCAUCUUUGAG